AGAACCUGGUCCCUUUAGGUUCCAAACCUUUAAUCAGUUGGGCUAUAGGAGCUAUGCAGGAGUUUGGAAAAUUUGAUUCAGUCUGGGUAUCUACCGAUCACUCAGGAAUCUCAGAAUGUGCUCAAGCUCUUGGUGCUAAGGUGUAUAACCGUUGCUGUGAACAUGCUGUUGAUAACUCCACAUCAAUAUCAGCUGUACAGGAGUUCCUUAAAGAUCACCAGGAGGUGGAUGUACUUUGCUUAAUACAGUGUACUUCUCCCUUUAUUCAACCCGAAUUUCUUGAUGCAGGAUAUAAACUGCUCUUGAAGGGAUAUGAGGCUGUGUUCAGUGUAACUAGGGAUAAAAAAUAUCGUUGGCGUGCUGUAGACAUAUCUAAAAACGAAUCCACUUCACCUCUUAACUUCAACCCGGAGAGAAGACAGAGAAGACAGGAAAUGCAGGGCGAACUAGUGGAGAAUGGUAUGUUCUAUUUCACAAAAAGAAAUCUUUUGGAAAAGGGGUUGUUCCAAGGUGGUAGGUGCGGAUACGUGGAGAUACCAUCGGAGUACUCGAUAGAGAUAGAUUCUAUGUUAGAUCUCACCAUUGCUGAACAGAUUUUAUCUCAAGAACUAUUAAAUCUCAACUAGAUGAUUCUUUGCUAGAUCUCACCAUUGCUGAACAGAUUUUAUCUCAAGAACUAUUAAAUCUCAACUAGAUGAUUCUAUGCUAGAUCUCACCAUUGCUGAACAGAUUUUAUCUCAAGAACUAUUAAAUCUCAGCUAGAUGAUUCUAUGCUAGAUCUCGCCAUUACUAAAAAGAUUUUAUCCCAAGAACUAUUAAAUCUCUACUAGCUGACUAUGCUAGAUCUCAGAAUUGCAGAUUUUAUCUCGAAUAGUUCCUACAAGGAUCUCAGGCUGGAUUGGUAUCUAAAUUUAGUAAAUAGGCAAAACCUUAUCAAGCCGACCUGUUACUUCUAGGAAUAUAUACAAGGUUACCUACAACUGACGAGACUGUAAAGACGACCUGUUACUUCUAGGAAUGUAUACAGGGUUACCUACAACUGACGAGACUGUAAAGACGACCUGUUACUUCUAGGAAUGAAUACAAGGUUACCUACAACUGACGAGACUGUAAGGACGACCUGUUACUUCUAGGAAUGUAUACAGGGUUACCUACAACUGACGAGACUGUAAGACGACCUGUUGGUUCUAGGAAUGUAUACAGGGUUACCUACAACUGACAAGACUGUAAGACGACCUGUUGGUUCUAGGGAUGUAUACAGGGUUACCUACAACUGACAAGACUG